CCUACCCCAAUUUGUUAGGAUGGAUUUUACAGAAGCCUAUUCUGAUAGAUGUUCGGCUGUUGGGCUUGCAGCCAGAGAAGGCAAUAUUAAGCUUUUGAAGAAACUAAUCAAAAAGGGAUACAGCAUUGAUGUUCCUGAUAACAGAGGUUGGAUGGCUAUUCAUGAAGCUGCAUUUCAAAACACAAAUGAAUGUCUAAAGCUUUUAAUUCAAGCAGCAUCCUCUGCUAACUACAUCAGAUCCAAAACAUUUGAGGGUACUUGUCCAUUACAUCUUUCUGCAAGUAGGGGAAAUCUGGAAUGCACUGCUAUUCUUCUGGAAUCUGGUGCUGAUCCUAAUGAAGUCACUAAUGAUGCCACCACACCCUUAUUUCUAGCUGUUGAAAACCAACAUACUAAUGUGAUUAAGCUUCUCCUUCAACAUGGAGCCAAUCUUAAUGGAUCCCACUGCUGGUCUGAAUGGAAUUCCUUGCACCAGGCUGCUUUUCAGAAUAAUUCUGAAAUACUGAAAUUACUUCUGGAUGAAGGCGCCAACAAAGAAUCUGUAGAUGAUUUUGGGAUCACACCUUUGUUUAUUGCUGCACAGUAUGGAAAACUGGAAUGCUUAAGGAUACUUAUAUCAUAUGGAGCAAACAUCAAUUGUCAAGCAAAAGAUAAAGCCACACCACUCUUCAUUGCGGCCCAGGAGGGCAAUGACAAAUGUGUGGAGCUGUUACUAGCCGAAGGAGCCAAUCCAAACCUAUACUGCAAUGAAGAAGAAUGGCAGCUGCCUAUCCAUGCAGCAGCACAAAUGGGACACAGCAAUAUAUUGCGCAUGCUGAUACCAGUUACUGACCGGGUUUGUGGUAAUGCUGAAGGCAAAGUGAGUCCUGUCUACUCUGCAAUCUACAGUGGUCAGGAAAUUUGCUUGGAACUUUUGCUUAAAGAAGGUUACAGUCCGGAUGCUCAGUCUUUUCCUGUUUUUGGCUGCAAAUCACCAAUGUCUCUUGCUUUUCAGAAAGGAAGUGAAAUAAUUCUCAUUCUUCUGAAGUACGGAAUCAAAAUUCUUGAAAUAGAUUUAGGCCUCUGCCUGCUACAUAGAAGAUAUGGUUUAUUUCGGCAUUUCUUGAGGAAGGAUUGCAAGCUCCCAUGUCAGCAGCAUCUGGCAGAAUUUUCAAAGUACGCGGUCAGUGCAGGACGUGACUACAGAGAAUGGCUGCCCUCACUCUUGCUAGCUGGGUUUAAUCCUGUGAAUCUUCUAUUUCAUGAUUGGAUUUUCUCUGUAAGCAGUGAUGCUCUGAACUUCCUGCUGGAGUUUACUAAUUGGAAGAGGCUUCCCUGGAAUGUGGAGCAGGUUCUUUCCAGCCACAAGGCCACUUCUAUGUGGAAACCCUGUAGUUAUUUUGAUCAUAUCCCAUCUUUGUCUCAUCUGUGCCGCCUGGAGAUUCGCUCACUUUUAACAAGUGUUUGUUUGCGAUCAGACCAGCACAUCCGCCAGUUGCCGAUACCUACUUGCUUACAAGACUUUUUACUAUAUUUGGAUGUAUUAAAAACAUACUCCAUUUCAGAAUCUUGGCUUAAGGUUGGAGAAGUCUAUGAAGAAAGUACCCUGCCAUCUUGUUCUAAUUCAGAACAUAAAGAAGAGAGAAAAUAGAACUGAUUCAAGGUCAUCUGAACCUUUAUACAGUUUUCUACUUUUAUAAAGAAUGAACUAUGCUGUUUGAUAAUUGUUGUGAAGAUAUUCAUUUCUCUUCUGUCACUCACUAUAGGAUAAUUUCAUUCAACAGCCAGAAGGAAUUUCCUCACAUGUCUCUCAGAUAUGCUGGACCUAAAUUACUUCAGGUCAGCAAUGUUUUGAAUGCAGUAUGGAUGCUUUCAGAUAACUUACACCUUUUGCAAGUUCCCACUCAAAAAAUUAGAAUUUAAAUAAAUAAAAAUGGUAUGCAAACAUAGAUCAUGUCAAUGAUCAAUUGCAUCUAAAACAAACUAUGAUGACAUCAAAAUGUCAAACUCUGUGACUUGACCUUAUGGCGCGGACUUUUCAUGUUACCAUGAGAUCUGAUGCACCUACUUCCUUUGUGUAACAGAGUCAUACAUGUGUUAUUCAUUUGCUCUCCAGUGGACACCGAUGACAGUGGUCAUUCCAAAAUUAAAAUAAGUUUCUUGGAAGUGUUCUUGGUAAAAUAUCUUCUUGUUGCCUUUGCUCACUAUAUGUUCAAAAAAUGAAUUUAUUAAUGAUAAUAAAUGAAAUUUAUGAAACAAA